CUCCAUCUGGCCUCCUCCCCUCCAUUUUCUCUCCCUCGCUCCCACAUUAUGGAUCCAGCAUCCCCUAUACAUUGACUCCCCUCCCAACCUCUUCUCUCCUCUCUCUCUCCCCUUCUCUUCUCCCUCUCGAUCUCGACAUACACUACACACCCUGUUCUUGCAGUACGCCAAUUAAACCACCACCUCGUUCCUUUCCCUCAUCUGCAAAGAUCAAGCUCCACCGGAGUUGACGUACGAGGAUGAUGAUGAUGAUGAGUUCUCUCUUCACUUGCGUCGUCGCCUCCAUUUCGCGGAGGAAGAGGAGAUGCGCUGCGACGAGAGCCUAAUUAAGGCCACGCCGCCAUUGUUGGUGUUGACUGGUGAGCUCGUCGUCGUCGUCGCCGUCGUACCUCCUCCCCGUUGUUCUUCCCUCGCUUGCACGCCGCCGCCGCCAUGAGCCACUACACAAUGCAUGCGCACAUCAACUACACCGCCCUGCCGCCGACGUCGCCGCUGCAGCUCCCGCUUCCGUACCUCCCGCCGCCUCCUCCGCCGCCGCAGCCGCCAUUGCUGCAGCUCCAGCCGCCGCCGCCGCCGUCGUCGCCGGUGUCAUUUGACACGGCGUUCCAGAGCAGGAUCAGCCCUAGCAUCCUGCUGAUAAUCUUGAUCUUGGCUGUUAUUUUCUUCGUCUCCGGGCUCCUGCAUCUGCUCGUCCGGUUCAUCCUCCGCCCGGCGCCGCGUGACGCCGGCGACGCCGACAGCGGCGACGCGAACGUGACCGCCUUCCAGGGGCAGCUCCAGCAGCUGUUCCACCUCCACGACGCCGGCGUGGACCAGUCCUUCAUCGACACGCUGCCGGUGUUCCUCUACGGCGCCGUCGUCGGCGCCGGCAGGAAGGACCCGUUCGACUGCGCGGUCUGCCUCUGCGAGUUCGCCGACGACGACCGCCUCCGGCUCCUCCCCAAGUGCAGCCACGCCUUCCACGUCGACUGCAUCGACACGUGGCUGCUGUCGCACUCCACCUGCCCGCUCUGCCGCCGCAGCCUCCUCGCCGACUUCUCCCCCUACGGCGGUGGCUGCAGCCCGCUGCUGUUCGUGCUCGAGUCCGGCUCGGAGGGCUCCAUCUCCGAUCGCCUCGACGCGGCGUCGUCGGCUCAUCUCAGCCUCGUCAUGGAGCAGGAGGAAGAAGCAGAGCCGGAACAGAAGCAUGCAGAGGCGGCGGAGAAGGCGGACGAGGUGGUCGUCUCCGUCAAGCUUGGCAAGUUUCGGAGUCAGGCCACCGAAGUCGCCGCCGGCGGCGGCUGCGGCGGCAGCAGCAGCGCCAACCCCGAGCAGGACGUGCGGCGUUGCUACUCCAUGGGGACGUACGAGUACGUCAUGGACGAGAGGUCUCUGCUCCGCGUCGCCGUGAAGCCGCCGGCCAAGAAGCGCCCCACGACGCAGAUGCCGGGCCACCGGGUCGCCAUGUCGGAGUGCGACUGCCACUCCAAGCGGGAGAGCUUCCGCGGCCUCGACGCGCUGCCCGGCGGCAAGCUCGCGCAGGCGCAGCCGCCGAAGCCGCCGGCCAAGGUGGGGAAGAAGGAGAGCUUCUCCUUCUCCAAGAUAUGGAUGCGCGGCGCGCCGCGGAUCAGGAAGGACGGCGCGUCCUCCCGGCGCGCGUCGUCGUUCCGGCUCUCCUCCGUGCUGCAGCGCGCGGCGAGCGACGUCGGGGCAACGGCGGCGCCGAAGCCGCUGCGCCCGGACGUCGUGAGCCCCGUCACGGAGUCGGAGUACAACGUGUCGGCGUGGGACAAGAGCGAGAAGAGCGCGAGCGGCAGCGUCGCGGACUGGGACCUCGAGUCCGCCGCCGCCACGGCGGCCGUCCCCGGCGCAGGCGCCGGCAACGGGCUCAGCUCGAGGGCCGACGAGGCGCCGUCGUUCGCGCGGCGGACGCUGCUGUGGAUCCGAGGACACCUGUGAAAUGAUCCAUCCAUGGAAGCAUCAUAGCUCUUCGUUCUUCUUGUGCAUUCCCGCCAUUAGAUUGAUUCAUUCAUUCACGCGGAGAGUGUGGAGUGGAAUCGAAGAAAUUCACGAGAAAUUUGUGUUGAACGAUCUGUGAAGUGAAUACUACACGGUAAAGAAUUUAACUACUAUUGUUUGCAGAGCAUUGGAAAUCUUGUGUCAUUCUGUGUAGCUUGUACUUUGCAUUUACUUGUUUUCAACUGUACAUUGCUCCAGCAGCAAGGGUUUUCUUCAGGUUCAGGGUAAAUUUCUGGUCUGAAACUGAAACAUCACAAAAAAUCGAAAUGUAAACAUCAAUUUGAUCCAAA